GGAAAAUAGGAGUUGCCGCUCCAAGUGAGCAGUGUGGCGGUUCUUCGGGACGAAGUUUCACUCCUCACACGUUUCUUUCUGGACAUGCAGCAUAUAAUGAGAUUCUCUCCAUCAACCAUGUCAGCAUGUCCGAUCUGCAAUGUUGGACUGCCUGCAAUCAUCACCAAGUACCCUUUUCUGGGAGGACAACAAUCAACAUGUUUAUGAACAGAGGGACAACCUGGUGUGACGAAAACCUAAAGCAACAGAACAUUUCAGGGAAAAUCCCCCAGUUUCUUACGAUGCGGAAUGGACAUGUUGUGAAGCCAGUACCACCCGUCUGCUUUUAGACCACUGCAGUGUUUAGUUGUUGUACUCUAGUAUGUAGAGGCAGAAUCCAAACCCAAUAGACACGUCAGCAUCAAGUACCUGUGUUUUGCACGUGUGAAGAGAAGCAGCAUCUGCCCCUGAAGAUGCUCCAGGCUGGUAACUACUCACUGGUGCUGCUGAUCCAGCUGACACUGUUGGCCUAUGACCUCUUCGUCAACUCGUUCAGUGAACUCCUGAGAGGAGAGCCUGUCAUCCAACUAGUGCUUUUCAUCAUCCAGGACAUCGCCAUCUUGUUCAACGUGAUCAUCAUUCUGCUGAUGAUGUUCAGCACCUACGUGUUCCAGGUGGGCCUGGUGUCUCUGCUCCUGGAGAGGUUCAGGGCUCUGCUGGUUUUAUCCGCUCUUUACCUGACGCUCAGCAUCUGCUUCCACUGCUGGGUGUUGAACCUAAGAUGGUUCGAGUCAAACAGUUUUGUUUGGACAGAUGGUCUUCAAGCCCUUUUUGUUUUCCAGAGAACAGGGGCAGUGAUGUAUUACUACUUGUACAAACGAACAGCAGAGUAUAUGGGAGACCCGAGGCUGUAUGAGGACUCUCUGUGGCUUCGGGAUGCCUUUGCCAGAGCUCGUCAGUGAAAGAGAAUUUUGAGAUUUCAUGAGGCAUAAAGGGAAUAUUUUCAUGUAAAAAGAAAAACAAGCUACGGAUGAAGCACAGUCUAAAACAGUUUGUGUUUACUGGCUUUAUGUAGCCAAUCAGGCAAUUAGUUAAAUGGUUUACAGUGACGGGUUACCCAACCACGGUAGUAUUGCAUUAAACAGGAUUGUGAGUUAAUCUGUGAGGCCUUUGUAAUUUAAUUUGAAUUGGAGACAACUUUGGAAGAAUGGGAAGUUUGUUUUGAUUCAUGCUAAUGAAGGUUAAUUAACUUGUAAUUGUUAUAUUGGAAACGCUCUGUUCUUCCACACAGAGGAAACGUGUUGAUUUAUUUUUGCCUUAUGGUUAGCAUGUUGUUUACAUGGUUAAUGUCAUUUUAAUAAGCCAAUUUCCUGUGAAUCCAGUUGUUUUUUUAGUUGGGAUCUUUGAAAAGUGUUCCCACUGUUUUUAUUAAACAAUCCUUCUCUAA